AUGGCUCCAAGGAUUCAGAGACCGUGGGAGCAGAAGGGGCUGGAGCUAAUCACUGAUUUGGAUUCACAUGAUUAUGGUGAUCUGCCAUCAUCAAUAGAUUUAGAGUUUCAAAGAGUCAUAGAUGCUGAAAAUGCUGCAAACGAACGUCGUAUGUUUGAGAGAGCAGCACCAGAAUCAUCUAAAUCUCAUAAAAGAACAACAAUUAAUAUUGAUGAUGAUGAUGUCAAAGAAGACAAAGGAAAUAGAACAUCAAGAGAACCGAAGAAGAGAAAGAAUGGAGAACAGUCAUCAAAAUCUGGUAAAAGAGCUGCAAUUGAUAUUGAUGAUGAUGAAGAUGAAGAUGAUGAUGAGGAUGUCGAAGGAGAGAAAAAGACUAUUAAUGGAAAACUUGAAGAUAGAGCGCAACGCAAUCACUGCAAGAGGGACUAUGCAUAUGAUUCACACAAGAACGGUACAAAUUCUUACAACCGUCAUAUGAAAGCAUGUAAGGUUCUGCUUAGUAAUGCUGAUAUUAGUAAGGUGAUGCUCAACUCUGAGGCAAGAUUACAAGCUAGGAAGAUUGAUCAUAUGAUUUUUCAUGAAAUGGUAGCUAAGUGUAUCAUUCAGCAUGAUCUCCCAUUUGCCUAUGUUGAAUAUGAGAGAGUUAGAUCAGUUUGGAAGUAUUUGAACGCAUAUGUAAAGUUUAUUAGCUGGAACACAGCUGAAGCAAACGUUUACAAGUUAUAUGAGAAUGAGAUAGAGAAUUUGAAGAGAGAAUUAGCUCACCUUCCAGGGAGGAUUAGCUUCACUUCUGAUUUGUGGACUGCAAUCCCUCAUGAGGGCUACAUGUGUCUAACAACACAUUAUGUUGACAGGAACUGGAAAUUAAACAGCAAGAUUAUUGUGUUCUAUGCUUUUCCGCCUCCACAUUCAGCACAUAUUCUCAACAUCAUUGUUCAGAUUGGCCUGAAGGAUAUAGAUGAUACAUUAGAAAAGAUCAGAGAGAGUAUCAAAUAUGUUCAAGCUUAUGGAAAAUGUGAGAUAUUGUUUGCAAAAUGUGUUGAAGUUGUUGGUCUACAGUUGAAAGCGUGGUUGAUUAUGGAUAUGAGAACUAGAUGGAACUCAACAUACAAGAUGCUUGAUAGGACUCUCAAGUAUCGAGCUGCCUUUGGUAAUCUCAAAGUCAUUGAUGGGAGAAACUACAAGUUUCACCCUACAGAAGCUGAAUGGCACCGUUUGAAGCAGAUUUGCGAGUUUUUGGAGCCUUUUGAUGAAAUCACUAAUCUGAUCUCAGUUUCAUCAUAUCCAACUUCAAACUUAUAUUUCAUGCAAAUUUGGAAGAUCAACAAUUGGUUAAUAUCGAAUUCACAGAAUCAAGAUGAAGUCAUCAGAAGUAUGAUUGUCCCAAUGAGAGAAAGGUUUGAUAAGUAUUGGGAAGAGGUUAGUGAUGUCUUUGCAAUGACUACAAUGUUUGAUCCAAGGUUGAAGCUAACACAGGAUUUUAUAAACUUCCGCAAACAAACUGUUGUUACUAGUGGAAAGUCUUCUUUGGAAAUGUAUCUAGAUGAUCCACCGAUAGACAUGACUCAGUAUGAGAGUUUGGAUAUUUUAAAUAUUGGAAAGAUAACUCUCAACAGUAUGGAGAACUGGCGUCAAUGGCUUGCGACCUCCCUAGCAUACCAAUCAAAACAGUAG